UAAAGUUAUGCAUUAUUUCAGAAUGUUUGGUUAGCUUAGACUAUCUUGCAAGGUCUACAGAAUGGAUCAGGUGCUGUUUCUGUUUGACCUGGACCAGGUUCUACCGGUUCAAGGAGAUCUAGUUCAGGAGGAGGACCAGGAGAUUAGGCUCAAUCUGAUAAAACAAACCUGUCUCCGGAUUCUCUUGGUCGGAGUAAACCGUCUCAACUUAGAUCAUAGAAACCUUCCUCACUUCGGGUUCAGGUUUUUUAGUUCUACUGACUUCUAUCCUACCCCGGAGCAGAUAUCUGGAAGUUUUGUUGAGUUGAACACGGAGAAUUGGGAGAACCUAGAAUCAGCUCUAGAAGAGAGAUUACGUAUCGUAGUGGAGAAUGCGAUUAAAGAAUCCACCCGGAAUAAAACUUACUUUUCUACUUAUAUGAAGUCUGAAGGACACAAGCGACCGAGUGAGAAAAUAAAAAUGUGCCUUGAGGAUGUGACUGCUUUGUUUGACUGGGACAGACCAACAUUACAAUCUCCAUGUAAAACGGUGAGUAAUUACACAUUUUGUUAUAAUUUCUAGCAACAGUUACAGUUGGGAUAAAUUUAUUUCUGUUGA